AUGGACUGCAGCCACAAUGUGUUGUCCUCAAAAGAUGAGCUUUCCUUCACAAGGAGUGCAGCCUUUGCAAGGAGUGGAGCCCUUGCUAGGAGUGCAGCCUUUGCAAGGAGUGCAGCCUUUGCAAGGAAUGCAGCCUUUGCAAGGAAUGCAGCCUUCACAUGCAUUGCAGCCUUUGCAAGGAGUACAGCCUUUGCAAGGAGUGCAGCAUUCGCAAGGAGUGCAGCAUUCGCAAGGAGUGGAGCCUUCGCAAGGAGUGCAGCCUUCACAUGCAUUGCAGCCUUCGCAAGGGGUAGAGCCUUAGCAAGGAGUGCAGCAUCGCAAGGAGUGCAGCAUUCGCAAGGAGUGGAGCCUUCGCAAGGAGUGCGGCCUUCACAUGGAGUGCAGCCUUCGCAUGGAAUGUGGCCUUUGCAUGGAUUUCAGCCUUCACAUGGAGUGCAGCCUUCACAUGGAGUGAAGCCUUCAUAUGGAGUGUGGCCUUCGCAAUGGAGUGCAACAUUGGCAUGGAGUGUAGCCUUCGCAAGGAGUGCAUCAGUAGCAUGGGGUGCAGCCUUCACACCUACAGCAGCAUUUGUAUGGGGUACAGCCUUCAUAUGUAGUGCAGGCAUUCACAUGGAGUGCAGCCUACACAUGAAGUGCUGCCUUCACAUGGAGUGCAGCCAUUCAUAUGGAAUGCAGCCUUCACAUGGUGUACUGCCUUCGCAUGGAGUGCUGCCUUCACAUGGACUGCAGCCACAAGGUUUGUUGUUCUCAAAAUAUGAGCCUUCCUUCACAAGGAGUGCAGCCUUUGCAAGGAGUGCAGCCUUUGCAAGGAGUGCAGCCUUCACAAGGAGUGCAGCCUUCGCAAGGAAUGCAGCCUUCAAAUGCAUUGCAGCCUUCGCAAGGAGUACAGCCUUCGCAAGGAGUGCAGCAUUCGCAAGGAAUACAGCAUUCGUAUGGAGUGGAGCCUUCGCAAUGAGUGCAGCCUUCACAUGGAGUGCUGCCUUCGCAUGGAGUGCUGCCUUCACAUGGAGUGCUGCCUUCACAUGGACUGCAGCCACAAGGAGUGCAGCCUUUGCAAGGAGUGGAGCCUUUGCAAGGAGUGCAGCCUUUGCAAGGAGUGCAGCAUUUGCAAUGAGUGCAGCCUUCGCAAGGAAUGCAGCCUUCACAUGCAUUGCAGACUUCGCAAGGAGUACAAGCCUUCGCAAGGAGUGCAGCAUUCGCAAGGAGUGCAGCAUUCGCAAGGAGUCGAGCCUUCGCAUGGAGUGCAGCCUUCGCAAGGAGUGCCGCCUUUGCAUGGAGUGUGGCCUUUGCAUGGAUUUCAGCCUUCACAUGGAGUGCAGCCUUCACAUGGGGUGA